CAACUUUAAAGCAGCUUUGUAAGACGUUUUAAAACAUGGGGACAAUUGGCAAGUUUAAAUGGAAUUUUACAAUUCUACUUUUUACCAUUGUACUGUGUGCAUCGCAGUGUCCCGAUCAUAAACCGUUUGCUUCAGAGACAGGUUGCGUAUCGGGAUGUCCUGAACUAUUUUAUAUCCGGAACACUACUUGUGUGUUUGACUGUGGGAAUGACUUUGGUGAUGAAACUAACCAUUGUGUUCCGUCUUGUCCGGAUGGCUAUCUUUAUCGAGAGACAUUGAAAACUUCCGGGAAAGGAAUGUUUAUUGAAAAGAUGUGCAUAGUAUAUUGUUACUAUGAUGAGGUCAUUUCUAACACUGAAUGCAUCAAACGUUGCCCGCCGUCGCAAAUGUAUCUGGACAUUGAAGAUUACCACCAGCGCUGUAUUUCGAUAUGUCCAGCUAGAAAACCGUUUUUGAUAAACAUAACCUUUCAAGGUAUCAACUAUAUGCAAUGUGAAAGUGCGAAGCAUACAUUUUAGAUGGUUAUUGUGUUCCAAAUUGUCCAAUCGAAAUGGUACAUUUAAACCAAACGUGUAUUGAUAGUUGUCCAGACUCGCACUCUGUUGUCUCAAAUGGUCAAUGCUUUCAAGAAUGUAAUGAACACUCUAUACAUUUAGGGUGCAAAUGCCCAGAAGACAGACCUUUUAUUGAAAUUAGAACCUGUCUUACUAACUGCUCAGAUCUAAUUUCAUCUUCAAGUCAGCGUUUUUGUGAUGAAUCAUGUUUUCCCGGUAUGUUAUCAGAGAAAAAUAGUCAAGGGAAUUAUAAAUAUAUAAACAGGUCCAUGUGCGUCGAAUCGUGUUCUGAUGAGCAGGCGUUUCUUUGCAGGAGUUUAUAUUUGAACUGUUUACCCGACUUGAUUGACAGAGAACUCACUUUUUGCGUACAAACUUGCCCUUUAUUUUCAUUUGUAAGUGGGUCAAAAUGCAUAGAGUAUUGUUCCGACAGACAAUAUGUCAGAAAUAAUUCCUGCGUUGACAAUUGUAGUUCACUGGAGUAUAUUCAAAGAAAGAAGUAUUCAAAGUUUUACAGAGAAGGAUUUGAAUGUGUAAAUGAAUGCAGUCCAGAAUUUGUUUUAUUCAACAAGACUUGUGUAGACAAAUGCCCAGCCGAGUCGCCGUUAUCAUUGAACAGGACAUGUGUCAAAGUUUGUCCACCAGAUCAAAAUGUUAAAUUGGUCGUCACACCUCGAGUCACGUGCAAUAUUUCAGAGCCUGAUUGCGGCUGGAUUCCUAAGGCGGAAUAUUUUGAAUAUUUGGUUUGCAAGGACUCUUGUCCGGAAAACGAGUUUUUAUUAAAUGAAACUUGUCAAGCUUCUUGUCCCUAUACAUUUAAAUCAUGGAACGGCUCAUGCCUCAGAACAUGUCCAGCAUCAGUGCCAUUUUUACAGCCUGAGGGACUGUUUAUUCAAUAUCGCAGCUGGGUGCAAAGCAAUAGGUGGGACGGCUAUUAUCCUUUAAAAGUAGGUUUCUCCUUCAAGACCACUGCUUUAAUAGUAGAUACAUGCGUUGACACUUGUUCAGAGCCGUUUGAAUUCCACGAUGCUCAGUUGCUACAGUGUCUGUCAGGUUGCCUCAAUGAGCGCCCUUUUGUUCUAGAAACAAAUAAUGCUUUAUUUUGUGUACAGCAAUGCCCACCAUAUUUAAGUCUGAGAGCACACGUUUCAAAAGAAGUAUCAUCUAAAACUUACGCUCGUACCAGAAACAUCAUUGCUUGUAGAAGUCAUUGUCCCGAUGAAACAUUUUAUUUCAAUGGAAGUUGCUUACCGUCAUGUCCGUCUGAAGCAAUCCAUGUUCGGGAAGGAAAAUGUGUUGGCUGUGACAAAUUUACUUUACAUGGAGAUCAAUAUGCAUAUUGCGUUGAUGAUUGUCCAACCAGUUUUAUCAACGGCAAAACAUGCGUGGACGAAUUUCCAAAAGAAAAAGGUUUUGUUAUCAACAAGCACUGCUCAAAAUGUCCUGAAGAGGCGCCUUUCCAACUUGAUGUUAUUUUUGGAGAAGAUAAAUGUGUUAAGAGUUGUAAAGAAGACGACAAACUAGCUGAUUUUUCUUGUGAAAACUGUGAAGAUACGGUUAAUGCUAAAUGUAUAUAUUCAUUCGAAUGUAACGAACCGGAUAUGAUAAACUAUGAUGGAAUGUGCUUAAAGUAUUGUCCAGACGGAUAUGUAUUCUUAUGGAUUGGGUGUAUUUGGAAUAUUAUUCCUUUGAUAAUUGUAGUAUUAGCAGGUGUGCUGUCAAUUUCAAUUGGGAUAUUCAGCAGAAUAGUCAUCAUGGAAUAUUUUGUUUUUGUCCAUUACUGUUUUUCAAUUCCGAAAGAGAUCAAAUAUGUGCUAAAUCAAAAUGUUGACAUUUUGCUGGACCAACAGCAAGGACUGGACAACGAAGGGUUUGAAACAAGGCUUAUCAAAUAUGUGCUAAAUCAAAAUGUUGACAUUUUGCUGGACCAACAGCAAGGACUGGACAACGAAGGGUUUGAAACAAGGCUUUGAAAACAGUAACAAUGAAUGGCUAAGCGUUCUGAAACAAGACAAAGAGCAACAAUCAAAUUAUAAUACAAUAAACUCUUCCAACGAUGUGCUAUGGUAUAUCAUAAAAAACGCGACAAUUAUAUGGAACAUUUUAUAAAUAUCCUGCUACAUCAUAAAUAGAAUAAAACUGUGUGUGCGUCGUUUAUAAACACUGUGCCCUUACUGUUUUGGCCAAAACUUCAUCACAGUCGACCAUA